AUGCGUUUAGGAGGAGAAUCUGAACCCACUCGUCAACAUUAUUGGAGUCAAAUGGGUGAAAAAAAUCGGUAUAAUGCAGUCGGUGUAAAAGAUGAAGAAGCAUAUUUGGACAGCGGGUUUUCACGAAGCGAUUGGAAUCCGAAAAUUACAGUUGGGCAAAUUUUCUCUAGUAAGAAAACAUUGUUGACGGAGUUACGGUUGACGGCAUUAAGAGGCCACUUUGAAUUUAAGGUGCAAUUCUCUUGCACUAAGAGGUUGCUUGUGGUUUGUUGUCAACGUCCAUGCCCAUGGCGGGUCCGAGCAUCGAGAAUUGGAGAAUACAGCUUCAUGAUUGUGAGGUGUACAACUGUCCAUGAAUGUGAUUUGAGGUUUGUAAGUGACAAGCAUCGUCAAGCAACCUCAGCACUUGUAGCCAGUUCACUUAAAAGGAAGUUGAAGGAUUGUCGGACAAUAUACACACCAAGUGACAUUAUGAGAGAUGUGAAACACAACUUUGGUUGCACCAUCCAUUAUUCGAAAGCUUGGAAAGCAAGGGAGUUAGCUCUAUUGUCCAUUAGAGGAUCAGCGGAGGAGGCAUAUUAUAUCCUUCCAGCUUAUUGCUAUGAAUUGGAGCGUAUGAAUCCCGGCACAAAAACAGACAUCCGAACUGAUGAGAACAAUCACUUUGUGUAUUUAUUUAUGGCGGUUGGCGCAUGUAUUAGAGGGUUCCGUUCUUCCAUGCGGCCAGUGAUAGCCGCGGAUGCCACUCAUUUAAAAUCCAAGUACAAGGGUGUUAUGUUUGUAGCAAAUGCAUUCGAUGGUAAUCGAAAUAUAUAUCCUCUUGCUUUUGGGAUCGGGAAUUUGGAGACGGAUGCAUCAUGGCAUUGGUUUUUCACUAAACUUCAUGAAGCCAUUGGUGAGUGUCCCAAUCUUGUUAUUAUUUCUGAUCGCAAUGUUAGCAUAGAGAAUGUGUGGAACAAAAUUUUUCCAACUGCACAACAUGGCAUAUGCUUUUAUCAUAUGAAGGGGAACAUGAAACGCACUUUCAAGUUGAAAAAGCGUGAUCACAUACUUAUGCACUUUGAGAAGGCUGCGAAAUCUUAUUCCAUUGCUGAAUUUGAUUGUCAUUUUUGCAAGAUCAAGCGAAAGGAACAU